AUGGCUUCUCCUCUGCCGGCAGUGCGGCGGAUCAAGCUGGGGUCGCAAGGGCUGGAGGUUUCUGCCCAGGGUCUGGGCUGCAUGGGCAUGUCGUCCUUCUACGGGGCCCCCAAGCCGGAGCCGGACAUGAUCGCCCUCAUCCAUCACGCCGUCCGCAGCGGCGUCACCUUCCUCGACACCUCGGACAUCUACGGCCCCUUUACCAACGAGGUCCUCCUCGGGAAGGCCCUCCAGGAAGACGGACUGAGGGAAAAGGUGGAGCUGGCUACCAAAUUUGGAAUCCGGUUCUAUGAGGAAGACAGGCGGGAAAUAUGCGGCGACCCGGCCUAUGUGCGGGCCGCCUGUGAAGCCAGCCUCAAGAGGCUCGGCCUCGACUGUAUUGAUCUGUAUUAUCAGCACCGGAUCGACACCAGAUUACCCAUCGAAGUCACGGUGAGGCUCCGUUAUCUCUGUCCGUCCUCUUCAUAUGACAAACAGGUGCCUUGUCCCUGCGAGGUUGUUCAAAAUCGAUCUAGAUAGGGUGGCGUAGUCUGCCGGAACAGAAGGAAAAGGCGCACAUGGCACCAAUCCAAUCUCAAGAACCCUGUCUCCACCAUUUCUGUGUCGCUGAUUGGGUCUCUCUCCCUCUGGGGAAUCCAUAGAAAGCGAAACCAUUCCAUAAACUGCUUGAUGUCGGUCCCGAUUCGAAAUAUUCUGAUUAAAUUGGUUUUUCUUGCAAAUUCACGAAGUGGGUACGAUAAAGUUUUCAUAAACUUGUCCUUCUAAUUGCAUCUUUCUUAGAGAAAAACCUUCAAGUCUUCUAGGAGAGAUCAUGAAUGGGGAAUGCUCGACGUACAGAAAUGGCCAAUCCAUUGUUAGAGCACACGGAGAGUCAUUUGAAUGAUCUUGAUAUUUUCUGUAUCUGAUGUUUCUGGUUCUUGGUACGUGUCAAGCUUCAGGGAUCUAGAUACCAGUGGAUCGAUGUCUUUCGGACUUAGAUUGAAGCUUCUCAUGUGUAGAGCCAAUGGCUCUCUCAACGUUUGACUUGCAUUUUCGUCGAAGUCAUUGUUUUUUUUCUCCUGGGCUCUUCUUUGACCCUAUGAAUGUCGUUUAUUUGUCUAAAGCAAACAGUUCAAGACACCGGUUACAGUUUAUUAGAAUGGGACUUAGGUCAGACCAAGUGGGCACACUGAGUAGGCCUAUUACAAUAUGAAUCUUUUGGUGGACCAGGUUGAUCAUGUGUUCUCAAACCAUGUCCUGCUGGCCAAAAAUAUUGGGUCAGCUUUGCCGUGAAUUGUCUUAUCUGAGUCAAAAUUAACCAGCUUAUGGCUGAUCCUCACAAAAUCUCCCCAUUCUACGAUGAUUCAGUCCUAAAACUGCCAAUUCUGGUUAUAUUUUUGUGCUGAUUAAAAAAUUGAGCCGUCUAUGUAGAAUCAGCCACUAGAGGGUGGUUCACACCUUGAACCAAUUGACUCAGCCAGGUUCCUGUUACUUUAGUCCUCAAUAUGUAAGCAUUAAUAAACGUGUCUCUUUACUUAAAACAAUCAGAAAAGUGCUCUAAUCUCUCAGAGUAUUGUGUAUAGUAUUCUCUUUGUGAAUCUCAAUGGAAACCUUGAAUGCCUCAAUAUGAUUGACUUAGUAAUCCUAGAAAAUUAUUGGUGAAAACCAGAAGAAUAUGAGUUAUCUGCUGACAACAAAGUGCUCAAAGAAGGGUGUUAUAUCUUACAUCAGGCUUUGACAUGUCCAUAUGGGUAAGAUUCUUUCCCAAGUCGAGCUUUUAGUUGAGCAUGCCCUCUCUAAUGGCUAGGAACGUUCUCUUUUCUCUAUCUACUGGCUGCUGGGAAAGUUUUCUUGGCUUCCUAUGCUCUCUCAUUUCUCCAUUUUUGUGGUUACAAUAUACACAUACAUGCAUAUAGGUAGGCAUAUAUAUAUAUAUAUAGGUUAUGGUUUCAUCUAAUUUUUUUUCCAAUUUUUUAAUCAAUCGUUCUAUGAUGAGGCUAGGCUAAUAUGUAUUUAUAUUCCAAUACUAAUCUACUUUCUUGCCAUAAGAUGGGGGAGCUCAAGAAGCUUGUCGAAGAGGGGAAGAUAAAGUAUAUUGGGCUGUCAGAAGCAUCGGCCUCCACAAUCCGAAGGGCCCAUGCCGUGCAUCCCAUAACUGCAGUACAGUUGGAGUGGUCUUUGUGGACGAGAGAUGUAGAAGAGGAUAUUGUUCCGACUUGCAGGUAAGGGAGGGUCUUUGCUACCUUCCACAUGCAUCAUCACUUAUAAAUUAUUUUUGCUUCACGGAUUCCUCUUUCGUGCAGAGAACUUGGGAUUGGAAUUGUCGCCUACAGCCCAUUGGGUAGGGGAUUCUUCUCCUAUGGCCCAGACAUGGUCAACCAGUUGUCAGAUCAGGAUUUUCGAAAGGUAUUUGUCUGAUAAUUUGAAAAGUAAUUUUUUCUAUGCUAUUUAGACACUAGUAGCCUUAUUUUGAACGCCUUUUAUUUCCUCGAUGUGCACACAGUGAGCUCAGUUCUCAGCUGAGUUCCUUGUCUAUGUGGUUGAAGCUUUUCUCGGAAUCUUAUUGAUUCUUCCAUGCUUUCGUUACUUGAUUUUAGCCUCUGAUCUUGAAUGCUGUACUUCAAUAAACAUUUAACUGAACCGUUCAGCUUAUAGGAGUUCCGAAUGUCUGAUUAUAGGAGCGAGGGUCUGAUUUUAGUUGGCUCUAUUUUAUAUUUUCUUUUGUAGCUAAUUCUAUCAGUGGCCUCGGACUGGGUUUACUGUCAUGUGAGGUUUAUAUGUGUGGAACAUUCUAUUUGUAUUAUUCAAUUGCUCUUGGCACAUGAUUGAUGAUUCCGUCUGUAGAUUAUUCUAUUUGUGACGUUUAAGCCUCUUUAACCUCUGAUUGUUCUUUCCAUCUGUAGACCAUCUUACUUCUACUUGGCGUCUAGUUCUUAGUUCCCUCCUUUAUUAUUCGAAUUAAAUUUCAAAUUAUGUUCAUCUUAUGAUCGAUAUUUCGGUUUAAGGUCACUCUAUAUGCAGUAUAUUUUCUAUUCCCCUUGAAUUCUUCUGAACCUCUAAUUAAUACAUCCGUUUUUGCGGAUUCAGAUUAUGUUUACCAUCUAUUAUUUACUUCCACCCGUAGAGCCCACUCGCUUUCCCCAUGGAGGGCUUCCAUUUGUACACUGUUCCGUUGAGAGUUCUGAUUUCUUCCUAGCCUCUAAUGGAUGCACCCACUUGCAGACGGUCCCAAGGUUUCAACCUGAAAAUCUGCGUGAGAAUGCGCUCAUAUUUGAGCGAGUCCAGGCGAUGGCAAAGAACAAGGGCUGCACCCCCUCACAGCUGGCCCUGGCUUGGGUUCACCACCAGGGGAGUGAUGUGUGCCCGAUUCCAGGCACCACCAAGAUCGAGAACCUGAACCAGAACAUCGGGGCACUGGCGGUGGAGCUCACUCCUGAUGAAAUUGCCGAGCUCGAGUCCUUCACUACUGCUGAUGCUGUGAAGGGGAACCGAUAUGGGUCAUUGAUGCCCACUUGGAAGACCUCCGAGACCCCGCCGUUGUCGUCAUGGAAGGGAGAGUAA